CUCACCAGAGCAAUUAAUACUUUUGUGUUUUGAUAGAUAUACAAACCGGUUUGUUAAUUUGUGUUUGAAUAUGGAUAGUUCACAGGACAUGAGCUACAAAGCUGGGCAGGCACAAGGCCAAGCACAGGAAAAGGGCAGCCAGAUGAUGGAGAAGGCUGGGAAUGCUGCCCAAUCUGCCAAGGAAUCAAUGCAGCAGGCUGGAGAGCAGAUGCAGGCUAAGGCACAAGGUGCAGUUGAUGCCGUCAAAGAUGCAACCCGCAUCAACAAAUGAGACCUCAUGCCAUCCAUUACCCUCUUUUUUUUUUAACUUCUUGUUGCUCAUGUUUCGUUUAAGAUCUUGGCUUCAUGAAUUGAAGUUCUAUAUUUGAUCAAAUAAAUAUAUUUUGCCCACAUAA